AUGGCCUCUGUCGUUACCACUCGCCCCUUCAAGCCCCUUCCUGUCCCGCAGGCCCUUGGAUUUGGGCUAAAAGCACGUUUCACUCACGUUGAAAACGUUCCGACUUUAUUCGACCACAAGUUCCUAGUCGACCGAUACAGCCCCAAACGAGCCGCCAUUACGGACUAUUAUUCUAGACUUGCCCCAGACGUUCUUCGUUGGCGCGUUAUCUCGAAUGCCAGUAUCAAAAAGGUCCCCAAGGCCGUCCUGCGAAAUCGACUCAAGCGUAGAUGGGCCAGUGCCUUUGCAGAGGCACUGAAAAGGGCUGGAUACUAUCAUAACGGGAGGCAGCGUUCUGGUCCCAAGGAUGGCAAAAACUACAUUCCAGGACUCAGGGGUACUCUCGAAAUCCUGGUCUUCUCAGAACGUGGCAUUACCUGUCCUCAUGGCGAGCUGGUUGGUGCAUGCGGCGCUUUACUAAAGUCCCUACAACGGAAACAGCAGCACUUGGACAAUGCGGGUGUCGAUUCUACACCAGGAAGAAAGGCUCUAGAGGAUAGAACAGACACCGAAGUCGACGAGAAUGUGCCUUCCUCCAUGUGGUCACUCUGGGGGCGGACACUCUUGUGA